UUUGGCGGCAGCAAAACUGCUCGGCUUUCUGUAAUAGCCAGCAGAGGGAAGCGGGGUUUUCCUUGCAGCAGGGGCUGGAGCGCGCCUGGUUCUUUGGGUAGGAAAUACUGCAGGCUUCUGGACUGCGUCUGCUUCUCGAGGGAGAGGCUGGCUGUUGUAGUUCCACCCACCGGCUGGAAGGAGGGGGUUUGAAUGAAAGAGAAGAAAAGCCCCACCACCUCGGGCCCCUCCGUGAGGGCGACCGCGGCAACUAGGCUGGGGCGAUCCAGGACGCGCUCCCAGCCCUCCCCGCCGUCUUUCCUCCCCCCUUUUCUUUCCCUUUCCGUUUUUUUAGAGCUCUCCCUUCCUACCCCCUCCUUUUCUCUUUUUAGUAAGAGGGUGGAGGGAUCGUGAGAAACCACGAGGAAGCCGAUCUGAGGAGAUCCGGACUUCCCCCGUCUUGCUGUUUUCUCCGAAAGAUCUGCCCCCCCCUUCCCGGCUCACACCCCCACCUCUCCAGACCCUGGCAAUUGACAUUACUUAGGAGGAGGAGGAGGGGGGUCCCGCUCUGGCGGGGGGAGGGCGGAGAAAAGCGAAGCAAAGCAAGACCUGUUUCCCCCUUUCGGUAUUUUGAUUUAAAAAAAAAUCUUAUUUUUAAUUUUUGCGGCGGUUGUCGCGGCUGGAACUAGCGAGCGUUUAGAAGGCAAAGAAGUCCGAGGGAGGAAAAAAAGAAGCCACCUUGAUUAGGACUGUCAGGAACAGUGGCUUCAGCCGAAGAAAGGCCUGGGGCACGACUCCCUGUCAACGAGUUCCCUGCAUCCGAGAUAAGGAUUCCAGCUACAUGGGCAAACGCUUGGAACAGCAGCCAAUGUUCCCUCAGUACACUUACUACUAUCCCCAUUAUCUCCAAACCAAGCAUUCCUAUGCACCAGCUCCCCACCCCAUGGCUCCUCCCAGCCCCAGCACUAACAGUAGCAACAACAAUAGCAACAACAGCAGCGGCGAACAGUUGAGUAAAACCAACCUGUACAUCCGAGGCCUUCCUCCCGGCACCACUGACCAGGACCUGAUCAAGCUGUGCCAGCCGUAUGGAAAAAUUGUAUCUACAAAAGCAAUCCUAGACAAAAACACAAAUCAGUGCAAAGGUUACGGUUUUGUAGAUUUUGAUAGUCCAGCAGCCGCACAGAAAGCUGUAGCAUCUCUUAAAGCAAAUGGUGUGCAAGCUCAGAUGGCUAAGCAACAAGAACAAGACCCCACAAAUCUUUACAUCUCAAACUUGCCCAUUUCCAUGGAUGAGCAAGAGUUGGAGAAUAUGCUGAAACCCUUUGGACAUGUCAUUUCCACCAGAAUAUUAAGAGAUGCAAAUGGCAUCAGUAGAGGAGUCGGCUUUGCCAGAAUGGAAUCUACUGAAAAAUGUGAAGUUGUAAUUCAACAUUUUAAUGGAAAAUACCUGAAAACGCCCCCUGGAGUGCCAGCCCCAACAGAACCUUUGCUGUGCAAAUUUGCUGAUGGAGGACAAAAGAAACGACAAAAUCAAAGCAAGUAUACUCAGAAUGGGAGACCAUGGCCAAGAGAAGGAGAGGCUGGCAUGGCCUUGACAUAUGACCCUACAGCUGCUAUACAGAAUGGAUUUUAUUCCUCACCGUACAGUAUUGCUACAAACCGCAUGAUUCCACAGACAUCUAUCACGCCAUUCAUUGCUGCUUCCCCUGUCUCCACAUAUCAGGUUCAGAGUACUUCAUGGAUGCCCCAUCCGUCAUAUGUUAUGCAACCAACAGGUGCUGUGUUAACGCCAACAAUGGAUCACACAAUGUCCAUGCAGCCAGCAAGUAUGAUGGGCCCCUUGACACAACAGAUGAGUCAUCUUUCCUUGGGCACAACAGGAACAUAUAUGACGGCUGCUGCACCUAUGCAAGGGACCUACAUUCCCCAGUACACUCCUGUGCCUCCAACAGCUGUCCCUCUUGAAGGUGUGGUUGCUGAUACCUCUCCACAGACAGUAGCACCUUCAUCACAGGAAGCCAGUGGUCAACAGCAACAGAUGGCAGUGGAAACAUCCAGUGAACAUGCAUCUGCAUAUUCAUACCAACAGUCAAAACAAUAAACAGGACUGAAAAAUGUCGGUCAGCAAAGUUUGCCUUGAAUGGAAAAACUUCACUGAACAAGAAGUUGGCUUCCAGUUUGCACAGGCGUCAACAUUUUUUUUUUCAUUUUCUACCUUACCCAACAAGAGUGUUUCUGUGUGCUGUGCAAAUUGUUCAGUCAUGUAGUCUGAUAGUUUUAUUUUUGCUAAUUUUUUUAAUUCAAGGGGAAAAAACAUGGCAAAAUACUGGGUUGGUAUUUCAUCUGAAUGAACAUUUGAAAUUCAGAAUUUACUUGGGACUGUACAUAUAUACUUUUUGUUUGUUUGUUUUUUAUUUUUGUUUUCCAAAACAACAGAGAAGUGAUGAUGUCAAGAGGGAGAAAGCUGAGAUGAAAACCAGUGGUCUUCCUCAAGAAUCCAACUACUCUUCCCCCCUUGUUGAAAUCAAGUGUGUCUUUCAUUUUGGGUUUGUGUGCAUAUGUGUGAUUUUUUAAAAAAAUGUUUAGGUAAGGUUUAUCUUGAAUCUUAAUUGCCUUAAUUUUAAGGACGUCAAAGGCUCUCAAGGCAAGCUGUCAACGUCUUGGUAGAAGAGAAGAGAAUGGAUUCCAAUGAACACCUGGAUCAACUGGUGCUGAAGUUCAACAGACUGAAUUUUUAGGGUGAACAAACAAAAAACAACAAAAAAAUUAAAAACUGUACAGUUUAGCAGAAAAUGUUUUUUUCUUCUUUUGAAGAAAAACUGUUGAUAAAGGAACUGACAACUUCAAGAAUUGAAAAAAAAUGCGAAGACUUUUAUGAACUUUCUUAGUGUUGACAGAGAAGAAUAUAGAAGGCUAAAGUGUUUUACAAUAAAAUUAUUGAAGGGGGGAGGUCAACUUGCAUUUUAAGGAAUUGCAGGGGUUUUUUUUCUUGCAGAAUGGUUUUUUUUUAAUUUACAAAACGUGAUUGUUGGCCAGAGCAUUAGUGCUUUUUAUCUGCAGUCUUUUUUAUGAGCUUUAAGGAGUUUUUAGUCUGCUUUGCUUGUCACACUGCAAACACCUAGCUUAAAAGCAUUGGGGGAAAAAACUUAGUAGAUAGGAGCUUAUGGUCAAAAAAGUGCAAAAAAGCAAUAGCUAGAAGAAAUUGUUGACAAUUUCUGUAGUCUUUCCUAGUUGUGAUCAAAUGCAGCCUAUGGAUGGCCUGUUUUAUACCAAAGAUGAAAUGACACCCUACCACAGUCCAGAAAAUAGAAGGGUUUUUUUUUCUUUUUCUUUUUCUUUUUCUUUUCUUU